AUGGCAGAAAAUACACAGCUCCGGAGGAAGCGUACACGGGCGUUUGACCUAAAUGGCUCGCGCGCCGUCGGCGCGCAGAACGGACGAAUGGGCGCUGCGGGGGUAGAGAUGGGGGACGCGACUGGGACUGCGCGCAAUGGGCUUUACAUUGAGGAGGAGCCGGAUCCGCUUGUCAAUGAUAUGCUGCAGAGACAGAUGUUUCUGCUCGGAAGCAACUCUGGGAACUCGGGAGAUAGCGGCAGCCUGGUGCGAGACGCAGAUGAUGCAGACUCGUCGCUCGCGUUCAUGGGGGAUGUGGGCGAUAUGGUAGGGGAGCUGGCUCUCGGUGGUACGCAUGCCGGGAGCAACUACACUGCGCGUCGCUUCAAGAAGCAGCGUACAGUGUCAUUACCACAGCUGCCACACGCUAAAUUAUUUUACCGGCUAGAUGCACGCGGACCUGCUGCCAGCAAAGCUGUGCCGCGGCGCAGCCAGAAUGACGACGAGCUACUUCAUAUUAGCGGAUCCAGCAGCAGGACUCUGGAUGGAAAUCGCAUGGUGACGUUGCCCGUGAUUCGCUCAGAGUCGCCUAGUUCUUUACUACCUCCCACACAGCUUGAGCAGCAAACCGCGUUAAAUGGCAGUGCCAUUACUAAAGCGACAUCUCUCUUAACGGGGCAGCAGAAACUUCCAAAACUUAUUACACGGCGGCAAAGGUCUAUAAGACGGGACAACUUCAAUACGGACAAGGAGGGUCACUAUGUUUUCCACGGUAAUGAUAUUUUCGCUAAUGGACGAUUUAUGACGGAGGAACUACUUGGCCAGGGAACUUUUGGAAAAGUUGUAAAAUGCGUGGACAACGCAGAACCCACUAAGAAACAUGUUGCAGUAAAGAUAAUUAGAGCCUUAGACAGAUAUCGGCAGGCCGCUAAGACAGAACUCCGUGUGCUGCAGACCAUCCGUGACAAUGAUCCACUGGGACAAUUUCAGUGUUUGUUACUACGUGAUUGCUUUGAUUACAGAAACCACAUAUGUCUCGUGACUGAUCUCUUUGGUAAAUCAAUAUAUGACUUCAUGUGCAACAACGGCAAUCCAAGAUUUCCCGGGUCCCAUGUUCAAGCUAUCUCUCGGCAGCUGAUUAGGUCAGUCUGCUUUUUACAUGACCUGGGUAUAAUACAUACUGACCUGAAACCCGAGAACAUAUUGAUAUGUGAUGAAUCUUUUGUUGAAACACCAUUACCAGACACUGUGCUAGCUACCUUGAGUACCCGCAGAAAACAAGUAUCCGGUGGUAAGCACAAAGUUCUUACAAACCCAGAAGUGAAGCUCAUUGAUUUCGGAUCUGCUGUAUUUUGUGAAGAAUAUCACCCACCAGUUAUUUCAACACGUCAUUAUAGGGCCCCAGAAAUUGUAUUGGGUUUAGGUUGGUCUUUUCCUUGUGAUUUGUGGUCUAUUGGAUGUGUACUAGUUGAGCUCGUUACCGGUGAGUCCCUUUAUCCAAUUCAUGAGAACUUGGAACAUAUGGCAAUGAUGCAACGGGUGAAUGGGCAAUCUUUUCCUAGGAAAAUGAUCAGCAAAAUGUUCUAUAAAGUAGAGCACAAACUAGGGAAUUUGCCGACGGAUUUGAUGACCACUGUGGUAAGGCAUUUUGAUAAGACAUCUAUGGCAUUACAAUGGCCGGAACGGAACUAUAAAGGAGAAAUUGUAACAAAGGAAAAAUCCAUGAAACGCGUGAUGGCAACAUGCGACAGGCUAGAUAAGCAUAUAUCUACAAAACUACAAAGAGAUUAUGGUGAAUGGCUCAUAAUAGAUUGGGAUUAUACCCCCGAACAGAAUUGGAGCAUGAUUGAAUCCAAGUUUUAUAAUAGAACAAUGAGGAUAGAUCGCGAAACCUUUCUAUUCUGGUACUGGUUUGUAGAUCUAUGCCGAAAGAUGUUUGAGUUUGAUCCGACCAAAAGAAUUACCGCAAAAGAUGCGAUGGAUCAUGAAUGGUUUACCUACGGGAUUUUAGAUGAGGGAAUAUCCAGUUUUGGGCAAACCUAA